GUUGCCAUGACAAUUUGCCAACAAAUGUAAACAAUCAUAGAAUUGUAUUCUCAUUGAAACCACGUCUACAAAUUCUGUACAGCUCUACAAACAUUGACUUGAGUUAACAAUUAUCUGACAUUUAUGUUAUCAAUCUAGUCGAAAAUUCGUACCAUUUUUUUUCAACUUUUAUUCAUUGUGUGUGUUUAAAGAUAUGGCGGAUGAAGUAAGUUCAGAAGUUAUACAAAGCACGCAAAAACUUCUGGGUAAGCAUGUCACCAAACCACAAUUAACCGAGAAACUCCUGAGAAAGCCACCAUUUCGUUUCCUGCACGACAUCAUUGUUGCAACAGUUCGCAAUGGUUUUCUUAAAGGACUCUACACCGACGCCGAACUCAACUCUGAUAACGUCAAAGACCGUGAUGCAAAAAUUGCGUUUUUAAACAAGUUGAUCGCUGCAGUCAAGAGUUUAAGCGGAAAAGAUCUUCAAGUUAAAUCAAGCAAGAUUAUCGCCGGUUUAGACGCUGGUGAAACAAAUCGAUUGCUUCAAACAAUUGCAAAACUUAUUGACGACAAGGUCGAUACCAAGGACUACGUAAAAAACUUAAAAAAGUCAUCAAAAGAUGCAAAGAAACCCAACGAAGCGCUGGAAAGUUCCAGGGAUGGCUCCAAUUUGAAGAAAACUACUUCAAAGACUAGUGUUACGAAAGCUAACGAGAAACUAGAUUCAAAUCGUAAGAAAAUUGAAAAGAAAGUAACAAGAAAAGGCAGUGAUGACGCAUCGCCUAAAAUAAAAGAUUCUCUAACAUCAAAAAGUAAAACAGAUUCAAAGAAAAAGCCUUCGAAACUGGGCAAAACCGAGAAAACAUCAUCUAGAACCUCUGUUGUGAGUACAGAUAUUAAAUUAAACAAAACUUUGAAGAACAAUGUUUCAAAAUCAAACACGAAAGAAAAGAUAUCACCGACAGUUGAAGACACUUCAACACCAAAAACUACAAGUAUUACAUCUCCGAGGGACAAAGCAAAAGAAAAAGAAGAUUCACCUAAAAACAAAGCAGAAGUUGAAGUUGAAUUUACUGAACCACAAGAAAUUUUGGAAAAACCAAAGCAGGAUGAAACUGGUGUUAGUCCACGUGAUGAUUCAUGGAAACCCCAAGUCCUCAAUGACGAUUUAGAAGAAGUUGUAGAUAAACCUCCAAGUUAUCAAGAAAGUGAAUUAAGUAAAGAUGUAGUUGACUCAAGUGUUUUGCCGAAAUCAAAACCAGUUGAUGAUAAUAUAGGACGUGCUGUAGAGGAAAUGCCGCCCAUUAGACAACCAUCUGCACGUCCUAAAUCUGCACGACCUAGAAGUGGAAGUUCUGACCAACGUGCACCUUCUGCCCAAAUAAAAAUCGAAGCAAAACCAGAAUCAAAACCGGAGGUGCAAAAAGCACCUGAAAGCAAACCCGUCAUGGCGAUUCGAGAUUUUUCUAUGAAGAAUGCAAACAAAGAACACAGAGAACAAUCAAGUAUUUCAAGAAACAAAGAAGAUACUAAUUCUGAAUUGGCAACACUCGGAGAAACGGAAGAAACGGAAAUUAAGCGAACAACACCAUGUAAUAAAGAUAAAAAAACCAAAAGUUCCAUGUUGAGGCCACCAAGCGUACGUCCAAGCAGUGCACGACCUGGUGCACCUCGCCUGCGACCUGAAUCCUCAAUUCCAAUGAAGGAAAUUGUACCUUUAGGGAAAAUCAACGUAAUUGUCGAAAACUUUGAUGCAAAGGACACAAAUCCGGACGAAGAUGAAGACGACACGGUUGUAAUUCAAUCUAUGCCUGAAGAAAACACCGUUGAAAGCAACUUCACCGAGAAGAGUUUGAAUCUAGAUAUACCAGCCGAUAAGGGUCAUCUUGUUGAGCAGAUUUUGGAGCAAAUGCAAGAUGGCGGCCAGGGAGAAAAAGCACAACUGGAAUGGGAACAUGAAGGAUCCAGAAGUAAAGAUGCCACAACUAAGGAAAUAACUGCAUUGCGUGCCUCGAUUCAAGCAUUAACCAAAACUGCAAAUCCAUUGGGAAAACUAGCGAGUUAUCUCCAUGAAGAUGUCGAGGCGAUGCAUUCAGAGCUGGAAACUUGGUUGAACAUGAAGCGACAGUACACAACCGAAAUCACCAAACAAAACGGUCAUGUAAACAACGAAAGUAAUCAGCCAUUACUGCAGCAACUGCGCAAUCUGGAAGAGAGUAUAAAACACGAGCGCGAGGAGAUCGCCACAAUAAAAUUCAACAUCUUGCGCAAUGAGGAGCACAUUCGACAAUUGGUCAGCAAGCAAAUUGCAAUCGACUAACAAACGCAAUUUUUAACAGUUAUUUUAUAAAAUAUAAUUCAUAUAAUAAUAUAAUAUGUAUAAUUUAUAGCAUAGUUGAGUUAGGUAAUUAAAGUUUCACAUUUCAAUGAA